AUGCAAACUGUGGCUUGGAUGUUGUCAAUAUUAGUUAUAGGAAUUAACUUGUUCUUCGUCAUUGAGUAUGUGGUAAGUAUUAAAUUAUGUAUUAUACUGGAGCUCCGCUCUUAGGCAUAGCUUGGCAUGGCUAGUUAUUUGUCAGAUCAUUGAAGACAAUGACAAAUUGUGGACUAGCAGUUAUUCUAUUUGUUUACAGUAUUAUUGUAUCAGUUUUGUAGUGAGUAUAAUCACUGAGGAAAUAGUGUAAAAUGCAAAAUCUCUUAUGUUUUGUUCUUUCUUUAUUUUGUCUAUAGCAAAAAAUACCGGCAAAUGUUGGCUACUACAUUCUAGUCUCAGUGAUUCUGUUGUUUUAUAUCACUUUCCUUUUGAUACUGGUACGUAUAAAAUACAUCGGGUGAAUGAUAAAGGUUGGUCACAGGACAAUAUCUAGCAAAAAUUUUCCCUUGUCUGAAUAAAUUCUACCUGCGUCCGGACGUGACGAUCGGGCAAUUCAAAUACUUAUAAUUUUGUAGCUUAAGAUUAGCACAGUAAUUUAAAAAAAAAAGGUCAACACAAUGAAUGUCCGAAAACUUUUCUGGUUUGUCCGAAAACAACAAGACCAGGUCGGACAUGUUCUUUCUAGAAAAAACUCUAUUCGCAGGCUUUUAUAAAUGACUGUCACUAAGUGAUUGAGUGGCUUUACGAACAGACGAACGGUCUGUCACAGAUCAGCUGACUCUCUAAAUGUCUAUAACUCUUUUACUGACUGAUCGAGCAAAUGGCUGAAUGCCUGACUGAUUGGUUAAUUCAUCGACUGGGUGAAUGAUAAACUAACUCUGACUGACUGGGUUACUGACUGUAGCUGAAGAAUAGGACAAUUGCAGGAUGACGAUAUUUGACUACAACUGCCAGAAUUCAUUUCGGUUUUGCUUUGUUAUUUAAAUUUGUCAAUCCCGCUGAGGAUCAAAGAACAAUAGCCUUAAUUUGCACAAGAAAACAGCAAACUCUAGGAUUCUGGUAGUUGUAGUAAAUGACGUCAUCGUGCAAUUGUCGUAUUCUCGCCCCUUCCACAACCGUUCCCCAUUCCUAAGUAGAUUUGAUACUCAUUCCAGGCUAGACUUGUACACCUUAAAACUAUUCGACAGCUUGCAUAUGAAGCUCGCACGCGAAAGCCAGCGCAGAGCUCGAGAACGAGCACAAACAAUAAAUCCUUCGCGGAUUUUGCCUCUAUACGCGCGCUUGCGAUCUCUAAAGAGGAAAUAGCACAGGGAGCAGAGGAGUUAUUUUGUCCUUGAUUGCAGUUAAAUUUUUCCGCUUAUUGCGCGAUUCGCCUUUGUUAAGUAUGGAACAGGAUCGCAUGUCGGUUUGAUCGGCCUAGUUCAUAUUCGAUUCUACAGUAAACAAAGGCGAAUCGCGCUAUUAGCUGAAGAAUUUAACAGUAAUCAAGGAUACAAAUAACUCCUCUUCUCCCUGUUUCUCCCUUUGAUUCAUGGUGAAGCACGUGACGCUAAUGUCAUAUGCUUCUCUAAUGAGAACAAGGUUGUCUACAGUGGUCGCCACUGGUUGCUGAUAUUGGCCAACUAUUUAUCUGAUCUGGUCAACUUCACCCCUAAAUGAGUGCCACUCGAGUCUGAAUUGAACUUCAAUUUGGUGAGGUAUUCUAAUAACUUUUUUUUAUUUCGUUGUGUUUUAGAUUUACCUAGCUCUAGGAUUUACGUUCUUAGAUUAUUUCAAGGUAUGUGAACCCUGCCAAUUUUGCUAA